AUGUCUAAUACAUUACGUCCCUAUUUGAAUGCUGUUCGUUCUACUUUGACAGCGUCAUUGGCAUUGGAAGAGUUUUCGUCGGAAAUUGUGGAACGACAAAGUCAGCCAGAAGUGGAAGUUGGGAGGUCAUUAGAGGUCCUUUUAAAACCACUCGUUGUUUCCCGGAAUGAGCAAGAACAAUGCUUGAUUGAAAGUUCAGUGAAUAGCGUACGAUUCAGUAUCCGUAUCAAGCAAGUGGAUGAAAUUGAGCGAAUUUUGGUACACAAGUUUAUGCAAUUUUUGAUGGGACGUGCAGAGUCUUUCUUUAUCUUGCGUCGCAAGCCUGUCCCAGGAUACGACAUUUCCUUUUUGAUUACUAACUACCACACUGAGGAAAUGCUGAAACAUAAGCUUGUUGACUUUAUUAUUGAGUUUAUGGAAGAAGUAGAUGCUGAAAUUAGCGAAAUGAAGCUUUUCCUGAACGGUAGAGCUCGUCUUGUCGCUGAAUCUUAUUUAAGCUGUUUCUAA